GUAAGCGUCAUCGAGCAUAUUGUGGAAGCGAUGGUGGCAGAUUCCCACGAUCAAUAGCCUGACGAUGCCUGCUAACGUCCGCCACACGAUUUUGUAUAAAAGUGACAAUUGUUGCAGGAUAUUAGAUCGUGUCAAAUCCAAAUCAUACCUUUAACAACUUCAAGAUGACGCACCAAACGAACGGGAGCGACAAUCAUGCCAAUGGAAACGGCCUUCCCGAGGGACUCAAUCCCAAUGGGCACACUGCGCAUGCUCCCGACGGGAAGCACAAUGGAGAUAUGUACCGCGACUACGUCGACGACAGGAACGCUACAGAUGAGGAAGUGAUCUACACCACGUCGAAUGGAGUGCCAUACCCCCAUCCUUACGAGUCACAACGGGUGGGUGAGAACGGACCUCUUUUGCUCCAAGACUUCCACCUCGUAGAUCUCCUUUCGCACUUCGACCGCGAGCGCAUUCCAGAACGAGUUGUUCACAGUAAAGGAGCCGGAGCUCAUGGCUACUACACUACCACAGACUCUCUCGAAGAUCUUUGCUUAGCGGAUGUUUUCAAGCAGGGCAAGGCUUGCCCUAUCACCGUCCGGUUCUCGACUGUUGGUGGUGAGUCUGGCUCGCAUGACUGCGCUCGUGACCCUCGUGGAUUCUCCGUGAAGUUCAGGACCGCCGAAGGCAACUGGGAUGUUGUUGCCAACAACACACCUGUCUUCUUCCUGAGGGAUCCAGCCAAGUUUCCUCACUUCAUCCACACACAGAAGCGUCACCCAUCGACACACUUGACACACGCUGAUGACUCCACCAACUUCUGGCACUACGCGUCGCAGAACCCCGAAUCCAUCCAUCAAUUUCUGAUUCUCUUCGGCGACCGUGGAAUUCCAGACGGAUACCGCAAGAUGCAUGGCUACAUUGGCCACACACACAAGCUGGUAAACAGCAAGGGCGAGUGGGUGUACAUGCAGCUCCACUUCAAGACUAAGCAGGGGACCGCAUUCAUCACACAGGAGGAUUCUGCGAAUUACUCCCCUGACUACUCGACAAAGGACCUAUAUCAGGCCAUCGAGAAGGGUGACUAUCCUGGUUGGGAUGUUUGUGUCCAGACCAUGACACCGAAAGAGGCCGAGGAACUGUGGGAGAAGCAAAAGAUCAACGUGUUCGACAUGACACAUGUCUGGCCGCAGGACCAGUUCAAGUUGCGCAAGGUUGGAGAGUUUUUUUUGAAUGAGAACCCCAAGAAUUACUUUGCAGAGGUUGAGCAGGUUGCAUUCAACCCUGCACACUUGGUUCCUGGCAUCGAACCCUCGGCCGAUCCUGUCCUGCAGUCCCGUCUCUUUUCAUACCCUGACGCCCAUCGCCACCGCAUUGGCGUCAACUACCAGCAAUUGCCGGUGAACGCACCGCGUGUGCCAUACCGUUUCGGCAACUUCCAGCGCGAUGGGCAGAUGGCCUUUUACAACCAAGGUGCAAGGGCCAAUUACCUUUCCUCGAUUCAGCCUAUCUCGACUAGGAACAGGUCGGUGGAGUUGAAUAAGGUGCAUACCAACUUCCAGGGUGAUGCCAUCACUUUUCUAUCCGAGAUCAGACCUGAAGACUUCAAUGCCCCGCGCAAAUUAUGGGAGAAGGUUAUGGAUGACGGUGCAAAGGAACGCUUCAUCAGUAACAUCUCUGGCCACAUGGAGACCUGCACUGACGAAGAGACCAUUAAGAGGGUAAUCUCCAUCUUCAGGGAGGUAUCAGACGAUAUUGCUACCCGCAUGGAAAAGGCCACUGGCAUCAAUGGUUACGAUGGUAUUUCGAACCUGCAGUUCAACGGCUCUUUUAAUGGAAUGACAAAGGAUGCGAAGAAGGCAGCGGCGAAUGGCAAGGAGAAGAAGUUCCACGAGAGAAACGGUGCUCCUCGUCCUGGAGAUGUCAAGGCUUGAAGAUUGCGUUCGAAAGUUUGUGCACCGUCACUAUGACGGGUCAGCGACCACAAUAAACCGUAGCAUUGAGCUGUCAAAUUCAUGAUUGUAGACUGAGAAG